AUGGAGGAAUGGAAAAACUACUUUGAAAACCUCCUGAAUGUGGGUGUAAACAUUAUGAGUGCUACAACCGAAAAUGGAGAAGAAUCAUACAGAGAAAACAGAGAUACUGUACCAUUGGGGGAUCUGACAAAGGUAGCAAGCCUAGAGACAGGAAUACACCUGGGAAGAAGGAUCAACACCCUGGUCUACGCAGAUGAUGUAGUUUUAAUAGCAGAGAAAGAGCAAGACCUGGUUCAGACGAUAAGAACGUCAAUGGAACAGGCAAUGAGAACAGGCCUGAAGUUGAAUAUGGAUAAGAUAAAAUACUUUGUAGUUAGCAAAGAAAAUGAUAACAGACUCCUGAAUGUGGAGGACAAAGUCUUUGAAAGGGAAAAAGACUUUAAAUAUCUUGGGGCUAUACUCAAUGAAAGCAACGAGAUAGACCAGGAAAUUAACGCACAAAUACAAGAAGGAACCAGGUCAAAGUUUGGUUUGGGAAAGUUGUUAAAGUCCCAGUUUCUAUGGAGAUCCUUUAAGACCAAUAUUACAAGACAAUAA